CAAUACAAACAACAACUUUCCCUCUAAUUUUCUAUACACCUUACAAAGUAGGCAGUGGUCAUUAUUUACUACUAAACAGUUUUGGAUAUUAUGAACAGCCACGUGUCCAACUAUUCCGUCGUGGGGAGGAUCGGGGAAGGCGCCCACGGGCUGGUGUUCAAGGCGAAACACCUGCCUUCCGGGCGCGAUGUGGCACUGAAGAAAAUACUCAUAAAAAACUUUGAGGACGGUAUCCCAAUUAAUGUUAUGAGAGAAAUCAAAGCGUUGCAGCUUUUGAGAUGUAAAUACAUAAUCAAGCUCCACGACAUGUUCCCCCGCGGCACGAGCCUCGUCCUAGUGCUGGAGUACAUGAGCUGCGGGCUCCGCGAGUGGCUGCAGCAGCGGCCGCGGGACCUCACCCAGCCGGUGGUGAAGGCGUACGCACAGAUGAUGCUCAAGGGCACGCGGUAUAUGCACGCGCAUUAUGUUAUGCAUAGGGACCUGAAACCAGCGAAUCUUCUAAUUAACCACCAGGGCAUCCUAAAAAUAGCUGACUUAGGACUCGCAAGAUUGUUCUGGCCAGAAGGAGGAAGACCAUAUUCACACCAAGUAGCUACCAGAUGGUACCGAGCUCCCGAGCUGCUGUACGGGGCGAGGUACUACAGCGAGCACGUGGACCUGUGGGCGGUGGGCUGCAUCAUCGCCGAGAUGAUCACCAAGACACCGCUUUUUGCUGGUGAAUCAGACAUAGAGCAACUAGCGAUAGUCCUGCGGCACCUCGGCACUCCGACCGAAGAAUCCUGGCCGGGGCACUCCUCCCUCCCUGACUACAACAAGAUAACCUUCCCCGAGUCAGCCCCCACGCCAUGGAGCGAGCUGCUGCCAGGAGUGGAGGAGGAGGCAGAGCAUCUCAUCAGGUCGUUUCUUUUGUAUGAUGCUAAGAAGAGGAUUUCCGCUAAGGAGGCUCUCAGACACGAGUGGUUCUUCAGCCACCCGCUGCCAGCCACCCUGGAGGAGCUUCCGAAACCAACACAAAACGGGAAAAUCAAAUAAAACCAUGUGUUAAAUUUUCAUAUUUUAUUUUACAGCUAAGAUUACAGUAUUUACAAAUUA